CCCUUACCUUGCCGCCUACUAUGACGCCUAACAACAUGACCAUCCAACAGACACUGGGUUACCCGGGGUUGGCGAAAGUGAUGGGUGCUCAAAUGGGCUUGUCGAUAUACCUUGGCUUCGCAGAUCUCAACGCCAGAGAUUUGCUGGUAUACCAAGCAGAGAUACUCCAUUUGGAACAGCAACUCGAAGUUCAUGAUCAAAUAACUCCGUGGGGAAAGAACAACAUUCUCAAACCACUGGGUGAAGAGAGGACGCUAAUGGAACAAGAGCACUGGAAUGUACAGAUGAACCUACGCUCCAUACUCAAAGAUUACAUUUUCGAAACAGACGAGGCCCUUCUACGACAAGCAAAGAUACAACGACUUGAAACACCAAGUCACCACGACCUCAAAGUCAUGACUCGCUGGCUGGAACACGAAACGGGAGGCAACAACUUCCUAAGUGGUUUCGAAGAUCUCCCUUGGACUGAGGGACGAGCCUCGGAUUUAGUGGUACUCUCUACACGCGAAAAGGACCGUCUAUCCGAAAGAAUGAUCCCCUGGUUCUUACGCAGAGGGCUCAUAUCAGGGUACUCGAAAGAAAGAUACACAACCGCCUCCCGCACCAUCUCCGUUGUGACAUCUUCUCUCAUCCCCUCCUUGGCGAUCGUCAUCCUCUACUUCAUACACUCUCUACUGGUACGCAUUUUUGUGGCCAUGGGGUUGUCUUUCUUGUUCUCAAUUGCGCUUGCAUUAUUGACUUCAGCAAGAGCAGCCGAGAUCUUUGCGAGUACAACUGCG